AUGCAAGAUCCACAGUUUGUUGGAAUGUCUUUGUUCCCAAUUUCACUAUUUGGAAUGGCCCUCAACUGGUGUGUCACUGUCAUUUUAAUUCGAGAAAAAACAACUUUAAGCUCAUUUAUGAUACUGACACUCGUGAAGUCAUUUUUUGAUGCAAUUUAUCUUACGGUUUAUUUUCUGUACAUUACUCCAAUGAUUAUUUUCGCCAGUCAAUUAAUGAUAUAUUGCUCUCAUUGGGCAGGGUACGUGCUCAUCGUUUGCUAUGAAAUAUCCAUUCACACGCAUUUUCUAUCUUCUGUCAAUCGAUUUAUCGCAGUUUUCUUUCCAUUUUCAUACAAGAACAUUUUCAGCCCAUGCGCAACAAAAAUCUAUAUCACUGCUAUUGCAAUAUUUUCUUUUACAAUGAUGACAACUGUUAUAUUUGGAUUUGGGUGCCGCUUGGAGUAUCGUCCAGAAACGUGGGUUUCCUUUUACGAUGUCACAAUUACAAUAUGCGCCUGGUACGCAUAUUACGUAGACUUUUUGAAAAACUUGGUUGUUGUCUUUACUGAUGCUAUUAUCGAUAUCAUAACUCUUCUGAAAAUCCAGAAAAUGAGAAAGCAAUAUCGAAAUGGAAAACGCUCCGAGAAUUACACUAAGAAGGAAACCGAUUUUCUAAAACAAACUCUAGGUCAGGCUCUUUGCUAUUUGAUGUGCUAUACUUCCUACUUGAUGGUUCCUGAAAUGAUGUCAAACAGAUACGUGGCGUUCUUUAUGUCACUGAUAUAA